AUGAAACUUUCAGCUGCUCUUUUUGCUUCUUGCUAUGCGGUUCUCACGCCGUAUUUUCAAGAGUUUGGAACGGCACCGGGAGAUGGUACGAAAUGCUUUCUAGAGUGCCAGCGAAAGCUUUUCGACCAUUACAUCCGCUGCUCCUUGGAAUGGGGCUAUGGAACUGAUGACUUCUGGAGAUGCUACGACGGAGCGGAGACCGAGUUCGAGCGAUGCUUCGCCGAGGACUGUCCCCAGGAUGCCUGCGACAAGCUUUGCAUCCCACCAUGGAAGGAGGGCUACUAUACCUGUGACGAGCUCUACAACUCCGGCGCGCUCGACACCAUCGGCUACGUCAUUUGCAUCAACAAAAUCUCGGCCGAUAUGAUCAACUGUGUGGAGACCUGCUUCUGUGACCAGUACGAGGCAAACGGCACCUGCACUUGCUACCCAAUCAAUCCGCCCUUUGGAUUGGAGAGCUUUUCUCCACGAUGGAGCGCUUGCAUUGCCCCUGAUCAAUAA